UGGAUUGUGUGUCAGUGGGCCCCUGGGCACAGACUGGAAAAGCUAAGGGCCCCAUCAAGACAUCACAUAAUAGCCAGUUAUUUGGCUCAGGGGCCCCUUAAAAUAACAUAAUCUGUGGUAUAUGAUAGAGGGGCCCCUCCAUAUACACACAAGAUAAUCAGUGUUAUUUGGCUUAGGUGCCCCAGUAGUGGUGAGGAUGUUGGUAUAGUAGAGCAGAGACCUUCAGGGGCCCCUGAGCGUGUAAUCCAUCCUUAUUUGUGACACUGUAAUGUUAUUUGAUAAUUAUGGGAGGGGUGCCCCCUAUUCACUCGAGCACCUGCCCCCCUAACAUGUCUGUGCACGCCACUGGGAGACAGUGGCGUGUUUAGAUGACCACACUUUUUUCCAUGCAUGAACCCAGCUGGUGAACAUGGGGUUAAGUUCUGCUCCUCUGUGCCUGCGCUCAGCGUUCAUCCCUCUCUCUGUAAUGGGAUGUGCCACCGAGUCGCGCUGCUGCUCUUAAGCUGCAGCAGGUCAAACAUAUUCAGCGCAAGAGGCGGCGCAACAUGGGCUGAGCCUAUUUGCUCAGGGAAGAUGAUCUGGAGCUUGUGCUGCAACAGUGUGGUCGUGAUUUUUCACCGAUGAGGAGCUGAUCCGCCUCACGGACAGACACACGGACAUGGUGACACGUGGUUCUCUGUGGGUGUGGGUGAGUGGAGCUGCCGGACAGCGGCUGGAUUGAACGUUCGUCGCAUGGGUGUGUUUUCACCCACACUUGAUUCUCACUCCGGGCCCCGGGACAAUGCGCGCGGCGAAGGAAACUGGUUUCGCAGAGACGUCCGGAAAACGCAUCCAUGCGCCAGGGCCAGCAGCAGCCCGCAUCCAGAAAUGCGAGUGACAACACAAAGCCUGCUUCUGCUGCUGCUGCUGCUGCUUUCACGGAGCUGCGAGAAGAAACCGCACAUUGCACAGCGACAUGGGUGCGUCAACGAGGUUGUUUCGCUACAUUUUGCGGAUGAGGCUUUGGCACGCAGCUGCGCAAUGAGACAAUCCGGAUUCAUCAAGUAGACUUUAUCGAUACAUAAUCUGACAAUAUGGCUGAUCAGAGCAACAUCCAGUCCGCCGCCUCCAAGAGCAUACGGCCCUUCAAAUCUAGUGAGGAGUACCUGUAUGCCAUGAAGGAGGACCUGGCGGAAUGGCUGAACACACUCUACGACCUCGACAUCGGUGCGGACACCUUCAUGGAAGCGCUGGAGAGCGGCUGCGCUCUCUGUCGACACGCCAACAACGUGAACCGCGCCGCGCAGGACUUCCAGCUGGAGUAUCCGGAGGCUGCGCGCUCCAUGAAGGUGCCAUCCAAAGAUGUUGUCUUCCAGGCGCGCAACGCCGUGCCCGGCUCGUUCCUGGCGCGGGAUAACGUGUCAAACUUCAUCAGCUGGUGCAGACAGGAGCUGUGGAUCAAGGACGUCCUCAUGUUCGAGACCAACGACUUGGUGGAGAAAUGCAACGAGAAGAAUUUUGUCCUGUGCCUCCUGGAGGUGGCGCGGCGCGGCUCCAAGUUUGGCAUGUUGGCCCCCAUGUUGAUCCAGCUGGAGGAGGAGAUAGAGGAGGAGAUCCGGGACCAGGAGAGUCUGCGGAGCGAGGCAGGGGACAAGUCCGAGCAGAGCGUGUCCUCACCGAGCAGGUGUUUCAGUCGGAAGGAGAGCAGUCAGAGUGUGGAGGAUGAAGACGAACCUGAGCCAGAGCCCUUCAUCUGGCCGCAGAAGAGGGUUUUGUGUGACAUGCGAAAUUUGGAUGAGUUGGUCCGUGAGAUUCUGGGCCACUGCUCCUGUCCGGCUCAGUUUCCUAUGGUCAAGGUGUCAGAGGGGAAAUACAAAGUGGGCGACUCCAGUGCUCUCAUCUUCAUCAGGGUCCUCCGUACUCAUGUGAUGGUGCGCGUCGGAGGGGGCUGGGACACAUUAGAGCACUAUUUGGACAAGCAUGACCCGUGUCGCUGUGCCGCUUUUGCCCACCGCUACCACCAGGCUAAAGCCAGCGGCCAAGGUCAGGGGACGCAGAGUAAGUCAUCCAGCGCCCACUCCUCUCGCUCCACUAGCCCAGGUCCACACUGGCGAAAUGACGGCAUCGCACCUUACAAGCCCACGGACAGGCGCACCACAGAGCUCCCCUCUGCUCCAGGUGCCUCCUCCUCAUCCUCCUCCUCCUCCACACGGCCAGGACGAUCACAGAACACCUCAGAGCUUGACUCCGGAGGACCUCGUAAUCUACUUCCACGGCCGCCAAGGGACCGUUCAGAACCUAGACACUUUACUCCCCUCAGGAAUAAGGAGACAAAGCUGCCACUGACAAGACGUCUGUCUGGAGACAGUGACUCCUCUACAGCUUCAUCUAAGGGAGGAGGAGGGGGACGGCCGUCUCUCGGUGGUGCCUCUCGGCGCUCCGGUGAAGACGUUAUCCUACUUGUUAGUCGCAAAGACGGGAAGCAUGCAAUUGAGAGGCCUGGAGCAGGAAACCAGACCCAAUCGCCACGCCCCUCACAGCCCCGCGCACGCAGUCAGUCCCGUGAACGUUCUGCACUCGCCCCGGUACUCAAACCCAACCCUCCACAAGGAUCCUCUGAUGGUACGAGGACAACCCGUACAGAGAGGGGCCGAAACGAGGGCCCAAGAAGGUUCCAUGUCCCGCGCUCCCAAAGCCAGAGUAAGAUACAGAGCCGUACUCGAUCCGGUGAUGCCAGCCCUGGUCCUGCGUCCUGCUACAGAGACCCUCAGCCCCCACUGUCAGACAGACGAGAGGACCUGAGGGCCAAACAAAUGCCCCCACCUUCUCCCAGAAUAGGUGGUGGGUUCUCCAAGAGACAGUCGUCCUCAUGCUCUAAUUCGCCUAUUAAAGGUAUCCAGAGCAACAACAGCUCCCCCAGCAAAAAAAGUAUAACUACUCCCAGACCUCCUGCCCCUCGCUCUCCCUCCCUAGGAAAAAGCAGAGUGCUGCCACCAGUAACCUCAGGAGGUCGGUGUUCACCACACUCAUCUCCCCGCAACUCUCACCAUCAUUCUACUCGCUCCCCCAGGAUUUCACAGGGCCCUCGCUUCGCUGGGCGUGGGCAACAUAGAAACAAGCCUGGCCUAGAGCACCAUGAGCCUGAGGAGGAAGGACUGAGCCUUGGUUUCAAGAUGCUUCCAGUGCUGGACCCUCGGAAGGAGCAAGACUUGUAUCGCAGUUUUGAGGCCGAGUUUCUGGCCAAUACACAGCAGGCUAGAGUAGUGUCUAAUAAACCUGCAGCAGGAGCUGAGACACAUUCAGUGCCAACACUCACUGAGACUAAUGACUCCUCCUCUUCUAACUCCUCCACAUCUUCCCUGAAUGUCGGGGCAAAGAUAGGAACUCUGCCCGACCUUAGGGAGUCUAAGAGAACUAAUCUUCGUCAUCUUCCAGUCGAUGACCCCUUAAAUUUACUGUAUGGACACAAUCCUAGAGGAACACCUAACUUUGGACAAGGGGUGCCUGAAUACUGGGGGGAGCGUGGAGGGGGUCUCAAGAAGCUCCCAGCCAUCUCUAGCUCUAUGGAGGAAAGGGAGAUGCCAACUUCUCCAACUGGCAUUGGAGAUAAAGACUCAAACAGGUUAAUGAAUCAGGUCCCCACACAACCUGCUUUUCACUGUAGGACUAUGAAUGGAGACCAUGGAGGUGGACCUUCAAUGGGAGAGUUGACAAAUCAGCAGGGUCAGCUUGGGUGGGACACAGGGCCUGAGGGAGAUGUUCCUCAGGGGAAUCACCAGCCAAACUUUUCUCAUGACCUGGAAAAUGAUGAAGGGAGUGAUGACCUCCCACCCCCAGAGGCUUGUCCAUCCCCUGUGCCUCUUCCCCCCUCUGAAGACUGCUCCUUCCGGGAUUCCUCAAGUGAAAGCUCUUCGAUGUGCUUUAGUUUGAGUGAAUCCCGUUCAGACUCCCCUCCGCCCUCUUCACCCCUUGCCAACGGGGACACUGACGGAGAACUGCUGCAGACUAAGAAAGGGCAGAAGAAAGCAGACGGGGCAAUUCCUAUCUCAAAGCACAAACUUAGAUCAAGAAUCAGGCCUCGCACUGACAACAGGCCAGAGAACAGCCCCUCGCGUAUCCCUACCCCAGUCAGCUACAAAGAUCUGCAGGCUCACAACCCUCUCUCCCCCUGCCGCACCCCACCUCUGUCCCCUCAGUGUUCUCGCUCCACUGGUCAUCCAGCCACAUGCAAGAGCCUGCACCAGGCCUUUGCGGACAUGACACGUUCCCCAGUCAUGGGCAACAAAGGCUGCUCGUACCCGAGACAGUCAGGAAGCCUGGAUAAUGAAGCUUGGAUGUAGCACAAAACUGACACAUGACAUGAAGGGUUGUUGUUGUGGUGGUGGUGGUCAUGUCAUUUGACUACUGUGUAAAAGAAAAAAAGAUGUAAGACUGGGCUACGGACUGUUUUCAUUGCAUGUCAAACACUCCUUCUCUUUUGCUUAUCGUCUCUACCGAGAUUUUCUGCAGGUGGUUCACAUUUGCUUUUAAUUUGCACUCAAGCCAAAAUAUUUAUUACCAAAAGAAAAGGUCUUUUUAAUCCUACUUUUAAUGUUGUUUCAAAGAAUGCAUGGGGAUGCUUUUGCCAAUGUGGAGUGUUUUUUGCUUGUAUUUCAUUUUUUUUUUCUUUGCAAAACAUUUAAAGAGAUUUAAAAUUGUGUAAACACUAACUCAACCCUCAGUUUCACUGAUUAGCUCCCUCUUGUGGUUCAACAUAGCAUCUCAGCUUGCCUUGACAGAGCUGAUAUUAUUUAUGACUGUGAUAUUCUACAUCUCUUCACAUAUAAUGGUCCUCACUUAUGGCUCAAUGUACUCAUACUGACAAUAUACUAAUAGGUAACACAGACAGUGGUACACUCAUCAUCUUUGUGACUUUAUAAGCCAGACAUGCACUACUAAUCAAUACUCAAUUGUCGGAUAUAAUGUAUGAUGUCAGCUUUUCACGAUAGGUUUCGUGUAGUCGAGAUAUUCAAUAUGAUUUACACGUUUUUUUUAAGAUCAUGUUUAAUACAGUAAAACAUUUGAACUUUUAAGUGGAUUAAGUGUAAACAUUUUAAGGAGCAGUGUCAAUGUCACUGAAAGAGAGUUACUUCUCUGACCAAACAGUUCUCUGGAAUACAAUAAUGUGCAAAUGAUAAGAAGAAAGAAUGUGUAAAUAACAUGUUGGCAAGGCAGAGAGAUUUGGGUAUUUGUGUAUAUAUAAAAAAAGGAAUUGGAUAUUCAGUUAAAUGUACAUAUUCACUCUAUUAAGUUCUUUGCUGCCUUAGCUAUGCAACAUUGGUGUUGGAAAAUGCCUUGACAAUUCCCUUUGCCUUAAAAAUUCUAUUCACAUUAUUAAUUCUUUGAAUGUUUUUGCUCAAUAUCACAAAGAUCCAUUGGCUAACACUGUUCAUGUGAACAGAAAUUGGAGAGAUUUUGAAAGUGAAUGUGGUAGAAAAAGCGAGCGACAUUGCCAAUUUUAUUUUAAAUGAUACUUGGUGUAGGUGUUUCAUUCAUCACAAAGCUAUUUAAUUUAUUGCCUCUGAAACUUAACAGUUAUUACACAAAAAAAGCCUCAUAACCAUAGCAGAUUGAUUUUUAGAGACUGUGUAUGGGGACAUCUAGUGGUUAGAGAAAGACGUGAUCUAUUUACUUUUUCAUGCUUUUGGAAUAAGAAGACACACCGGUGCUGAUUAGAGCCAACUGAGCCAGAGACAAUGACACAAGGUGACGUUUGAUGCUGGCUGAGGGAAUGAUUUUGACUUGAGUGACUGCAUGUGUGCAAUAGUGCAUGCAUAAUAGAUUCUGUAACUGGAUAUCAGUGUUGUCUCGUUAAGCUCUUGCACAUUUGUCGUUGGUUUAAGAGACCAGGCUCCAGCUACAGUACUUCUGUUUUUAAGUAUUUAACAGCACAGGCGGGGACUUUUUCCAGUUUAUUUGAAGGUGAAGGUGUAGGAACUGUGGUGUCACUGCUCUGUAGAGAUAAAACUUAACAUUCAUUAAGUAUCUUCCAUAGAAAUUGUGGAUACAGUGUGCGUAAGAUGGGGGAAAAUAAUCUGUUUUUGCAGGGCAGUGACACAUGAUUGUGAAAGAGUGUGAUUACCCAUGAUUGUAUAUAUUGUAUGAGAAUAUGUAUAGAGUUUGAGAGAAGAGGGGAGUGAUGUCGGUCUAAUUUAUUUAUUUAUGAAAUCAAGUCUUAAUGGACUCAAGUGACAUCUAUGUCCAAAGUGCUGUGAGUGUGUGUGUUCAGGUUAGUGCACAUGAGGUGGGUCAUUUCUUUUUUUAAUUCUUUCUACACAGUUUACUGUGAGCAAACAAAAUCAAUGUAUAGUUUGCAUUACCACAGAUACAGUAACUGGCUCCUUGUUGCUACAAAUAAUUUAUGAUGUAUGAGUGUUCACUUAAAUUGCUUUAUCCUUCACAUGAGGGUCGCGGUGGGGCUGGAGCCAAUCUCCAGACGGAAAGGCCGGGAUUCGAACCUUCUUGCUGUGAGGCAAUAGUGCGAGCCACUAUUCCACUGUGCAACCCAUUUAUCUGUAUUGUUUGAGCUAAAUGGAUCCAGUAUGUAUGUAUGUAUACACAGAUAUUUUAAAGUGUUGUGCUUUAAAUUCAAAUUUGAUUUUUUUUUGGCCUAUUUAAAGACAUUGUCAUUUGUAUCAACCAUAGUUUUCUUAAGUCUACCAGUUCUGUAAACUGUGACUUAAACAUUACAUUUGUAAAGCAACGAUUGAAAUGUAUGUGAUUAAAAGAUUGUCCUUCUUUGCAAAUUUUCAUUCAAGUCUUUCCCUCUCCCCCUCUCUUUCCCCAGUCAGCAGAAUCUGAAUGUUAAGGGUCAGAUGGUUUCCCGUUUGCUAAUGUUGCUUUCACUAGAACUCCAGUUAAAUGUACAGAUUGCUUGACACUUUUGAAUUUGUACAGUUAUGUGUGUAUGAAAUAGCAAUACUGCAACAUUUCUCAGUUGUUGUUUUUUUUUGGUUUUGUUUUGUUUUUGAAAAUAAAAGUACUGUCAAGUUGUUCUUGUAAUAAACACCUUUCUCUGAA